UCCGUCUCAAAGUGUGUGAGAGCAGCCCUCGUUCUGCUGUGCGCGCGCUGCAGUGGUGCACCAGGGGCCGGCUGCGGGCUGGCAGCGUACCAGUCAGCCGCUGGGUGUCUGCACCCUGGCUCGAGCGAGGGAGGUCUGUCUGUGUUUUCCGGAAGAGAGGGUGUGACACAUGGGACACAAGAACACACACACACACACACACACACACACACACACACAAACACACAUCUCAGGUCAGCCACAGCUGAUCCUCAGAAACACUUACCGCACAGGACCUGGACGGAUCCUUCCUGCGUCUCUGCGUUAACGAUCAGCUGAUAGAGUGGAUCGAACAGGCACCGUGCAUCCAAACGGGACAACCCCCCCCCUCCCUCUCCCUUUGACUUGGACGCUUUGGGACUCAAACACGCUUCACUACUCAUUUGGCUGUGGCGGAACGCUGCGACUGGAGGCUGUCCCAGCUCCCGUUGAUGCUGGUGGGCGCUCCCCAGUACUCUCCCCGCAACCUGCUCCGGCGCCGCUCCCACCUCCCCGCCCACCAUGGCUAUGAGCAGUGACCCUGGCCCUGAGAUGCUGGACCCCAGCUCUGACAAACAGACAAGCAGUCUCACAGACGACAUGGCUGCCUUGACGACGGACGACUCCGGCGGCUCUGCGUCCAACGCCGUGAGGAAUGGCGGGGCUCAGCAGGACGCCGCUCAGGCCAAGAAGACGCGCGCGCUGCGGCCUCACCUGACGGGGAGGAAGUUGUCGUUGCAGGAGAGAGGCACUUACCUGUCCGGCUCUGGAGGAGGAUACACGCACGUGUCCCCUCGUGUGGCUCGCAGGCCCACCGUGGAGUCUAAGCGUGUGUCCAUCUCAGACGCUCAGGACUGUAUCCAGUUGAACCAGUAUAAGCUGAAGAGUGAGAUUGGAAAGGGCUCCUACGGUGUUGUCAAACUUGCCUACAAUGAGGAUGAUGACAAACAUUAUGCCAUGAAGCUGGUGUCUAAGAAGAAGUUGAUGAAGCAGUGUGGUUUUCCACGUCGCCCACCCCCACGAGGACCCAAAGCGGCCCAAGGAGAGCAGCCGAAAAUCUUGGGACCCCUGGAGAGGGUCUACCAAGAGAUUGCCAUCCUUAAAAAACUGGACCAUGUCAACAUUGUCAAGCUGGUGGAGGUGCUGGAUGAUCCAGCGGAGGACAACCUUCACAUGGUGUUUGAGCUAAUGCCUAAGGGUCCAGUGAUGGAGGUGCCCUCGGACAAUCCUUUUUCAGAAGAGCAGGCGAGGUUAUACUUCAGAGACAUCAUCCUGGGCAUUGAGUACCUGCACUACCAGAAGAUUGUCCACCGGGACAUCAAGCCUUCUAACUUGCUACUGGGGGACGAUGGCCAUGUGAAGAUAGCAGACUUUGGGGUCAGCAACCAGUUUGAGGGCAACGAUGCUUUGCUGUCCAGCACUGCUGGCACUCCUGCAUUUAUGGCACCAGAAACCCUUUCAGACGCUCGGAAGAGCUUCAGUGGAAAAGCGCUGGAUGUGUGGGCCAUGGGAGUUACUCUCUACUGUUUCGUCUUCGGGAAGUGCCCCUUUAUUGACGAGUACAUAUUGGCUUUGCACAAUAAGAUAAGGACCAAGCUUGUGGAUUUCCCAGAAACACCUCAGAUCAGUGAAGAGCUGCGGACUCUGAUCUUGCGUAUGCUGGACAAGAACCCAGACACCCGGAUCACCCUGCCUGAAAUCAAGGUGGACCAGUGGGUGACCCAGAGAGGCGCUGAUCCUUUGCCCCUGGAGGAGGAGCACUGCUCUGUGGUGGAGGUGACAGAGGAGGAAAUCCAGAAUUCAGUCAAGUUUGUUCCCAGCCUCUCUGCAGUGAUUUUGGUAAGAGCCAUGCUGAGGAAGCGCUCCUUCGGUAACCCCUUUGAGUGCCCGAGCAGGAAAGAGGAGAGGUCCAUGUCUGCACCUGGCAGCCUGCUCAUGGACUCGUGGCCCUUCCGGCCCACUUUUAAACUUCACCCCUCUCUCAGAAAGAGCAGCACCGGAGACGGACCCAGAGACGGAGAGCUGGAGGACCUGCAUGAAGACGAGCCCUCUUGAGUCUUAACGACGCUCCUCCCGUCAACAGAGCUUUGUCUUACACUCCAUCCAUUCCUUCGCUUGAACCACAGUGUGCCCACCCCUUCAUCCUUUAAAUCAGUGACUCACCACAGGCCCAUCACUCUAUUCACUGGCGUUUAUAUUCAGACUUAGAAGCUUGGACUCGCUUAGUUUUUUCUCAUCCUUCUUCAGCCUCAGAGUUUCCUUCUUGAUCCCAAUUCCCCACAAUUCCCUUCUCCGACGCGGAGUCUCUGGACACUAAUGAUCUACAACGUUGCUCACUGUUGAGACUGGCAUCAGUGAUCCGAUAAGAGGAACUCUGCUGAACUUCUGGAUCGUUGACAGUUUAAAUUAUUGUUGCGGAAGAACGGCACAAACAUGUUUGUCAGCUGGCAUUACACUGUAAUGUGUGUGUGUUUUUUUUUUUACCCGUGUGCAUGGAUGAAUAGUUGGACCUCAUCAUCAGACUGACCUGUACCAGUCAGGCGAAGAGAAUAAUCAUCACAGAUUUCAGCAUGUAAAUGACACUAUAUUGUCUCUUCAGUGAGCUCCAGUGCUUUGAUUUAAAUUGGAUCAGGUACAGCCCCCAUUCCUCAUCAGCUUUGACUUUGGAGCUGGGUGAUGAAGGUCCAAGUCCUUCCCGUGCUGGCCUGACUUGUUGAACUUGUUGACAGGAUGGAAAGGAAGUCAGCUGUCUGAGGCUGGUCACACAGGAAGGACUACACCAUGUGGAGUGUGGAAUUAUUUUAGAAGUCGUUCACACGUUCCUCUCCUGCUCGUUAUUAGUCUGUUUUUCCAUUAAUGGAACCAGCUCGCCUCGACUCGGCCCCGAGGCCCCGUCCUCCUUUCUCCAUUGCAGAUUAGUACCGCCUCAUGUGUGAGGUGUGCGUGGCUGGUCGUCAUAGCAGCAAACCGCCGUGACCUAACGCCACACACACACACACACACACACACACACACAAAACGUGGAAGGUGUGUUGCUUUUGGUUCUCGUCGUGUUCCCACAGUCAGAAGACAAAAGAAGCUGGAGGCAGCAAAAAAAAAAAAAACACGGCUCGAUAAACUACUGAACACGGCUGUCGCUAGCAAUGAUGGCGCAGUGAUUUGUGAGGAUUCUCUCCGACCAAUCA